AUGUUUAAAGAUACGGUUUUUAUAAACAAUUUAGCAGCCACAGCAAUCACUGGUAAAGAUGCUUGGAAUCGUCCAACUCCUCAACCAAUUACUAUUACCGCUAGCUUGAAAACAGAUUUUCAACAAGCCUCAAUAACUGAUAAUUUGAAAUAUUCUUUAAAUUAUGCAGUCCUUUCAAGAAAUAUAGCAGAAUAUAUGAAAAUUAAUGAACAUAAAAACUUUAAGAGUUUGGGUAAUAUCGGUGAAUCGCUUUCAAAAGUCUUGUUAGAUGAAAAAAAGGGUGGCGGGUUCGAAACUGAAGUUACUAUUCAAUCUAAAAAAUCUGAAAUUAGAGCUGAUUCAAUUGAAUAUAAAUUAUUCAGAUCAAAAUUAAAUGAUUCAAUAAUUCCUCCUGAUGAAAUUAAAGUUAACGGAUUGAAAUUAUUAACCAUCAUUGGUGUUUUCACUUUUGAAAGACUUCAAAAACAAAUUGUUGAUAUCGAUUUAAAUAUUAUUUUGAAACCAAAUUCUUCGGUUAUCAUUCAUAAAAUCAUUGAUGAAGUUACUUUAUACGUUGAAUCUUCUAAUUUCAAAACUGUGGAAGCCUUGGUAAUGAAAAUUGGUCAAUUGAUUUUUCAAAACCAUUCUGGUGAAGGAAUUGAACGUAUUUCAACUAAAGUUACUAAACCGAAUGCAAUUACUUUCACUGACGGUGUUGGUGUUAGCUCAACUGAUAUGACUGAAUCUUCUUUCAUUGGCUUAGAACCCAUCUCGGUUAAUGAAUAUUCAAAUAUUUCAAACUUUAAUUUACCAACUAAUCAAAAUGAAGGUAUCAUUACUAAUAAAGAACAUAUCGCAUAUAUUGCUUUUGGCUCUAAUCAAGGUAACCAAUUAAAAAAUAUUAAUGAUUCGAUUGAUCUAUUGAAAAAUUAUAAUAUAAAAGUUCUUUCGACUUCGUGCUUAUAUGUUUCUAAGCCAAUGUAUUAUAAAGAUCAAGCAGAUUUUUAUAAUGGGGUUUUAAAGAUAUCCUGUUAUGAAACUCCGCAUGAUUUAUUAAAAAUUUUGAAAGAAAUUGAAUAUAAUCAUAUUAACAGAAUAAAAGAAUUUGAUAACGGACCAAGAGAAAUCGAUUUGGAUAUCCUAUUAUAUGACGAUAUUAGUAUUAACACUCCAAACUUGACUAUUCCUCAUAAAUCAAUGCUUGAAAGAACUUUUGUUUUACAACCCUUGUGUGAAUUGAUUGCUCCCGAUACAAUUCAUCCCGUUUCCGCUGAACCUAUCCACGAUCAUUCAAAACAAUUGAUUAUAAGCAAUUCCAAUGAACAACUUCAAGAAUCCUCAAGAUUACUUCAAAUAACACCCAUUCCUCGCUUAAAGGAAAAUUUAUUAAAAUUCGAUCAAAUUGAUCAUAAACUGCCAACUGUUGUUAUGGGUAUUUUGAACGUAACCCCGGACUCUUUCAGCGAUGGAGGGAAGAAUUAUAAUCUUUCCGAAGACCAAAUUAUCAAAACAUGUCAGGACCUUGUUAAACUGGGUGCAAAUAUUAUAGACAUUGGUGGUGUAUCAACGAGACCCGGUAGUCAAGAGCCAACAGAAGAAGAAGAAUUAAAAAGGGUAUUACCAAUAAUUAAACUAAUAAGAUCAUCUAAUGUUCUCGAAUUGGAAAAUAUUAUUCUCUCGAUUGAUACUUAUAGGUCAAAAGUAGCUGAGCAAUGUCUUUUAGCAGGUGCAGAUAUUAUCAAUGAUAUUUCAAUGGGUCUUUAUGAUGGUAAGAUCUUUGAAGUGGUUGCCAAAUUUGGAUGUCCUUAUAUAAUGAAUCAUACCAGGGGCAAUCUGAUGACCAUGUCCAAAUUGACUAAUUAUGAAUCCAACAUGAAUGAAGACUUAAUUGAAUUUUUCAUUGAUCCUGUUAAUGGACAACAAGAAUAUAACAAGGAACCACCAGUGACCAACCUCAUAAAUGGAAUCUCAAGAGAAGUGUCUUUACAAAUGUUGAAAGCAUUUAGUAAAGGGGUUAAAAAAUGGCAAAUAAUCAUGGAUCCAGGUAUUGGAUUUGCUAAAAAUUUACCGCAAAAUUUAAUGAUUAUAAAAAAUGCAACUGAUUUUAAAAAAUAUUCAUUACUUUCAAAUGUCACUGAUGUUGAAACUAAUGAGACUCAACACUCAUAUGUUAGUUUCAAUGGAUUACCAACAUUAUUGGGACCUUCCAGAAAGAAAUUCUUGGGCACUAUUUGUCAAGAGUCGAAGCCAUCUGAUCGUUUAAUCAGUACCUCUGCAUCAAUAAUGGCCUGUAUUGAACAAAAUGCCAAUAUAGUUAGGGUCCAUGACGUGGAAGAGAUGAAAAAAGUUUGUCUAACUGGUGACGCUAUUUAUAAAGGUAUAUAUUGA